AUGCCAAAACCUGUUGGCGCAUCCCGCAGAAAAGUCAUUGAUCAACAAGUGUUGAGAAUGAUCGUAAAAGAAUAUUUUCCGUUCAGUGUUGUGGAAGAUAGAAAGUUCAUCAAACUCAUAGGUAUGUUAAAUUCAGGUUAUACACUACCAUCUAGGAAAACAUUGACAACAUCACUUCUACCUGUAAUGUAUAAUGAAGUUUAUGAAAAAGUAAGAAAUGAUAUAAAUUCUAAUGCUCACUAUGUAAGUUUGACAACUGAUAACUGGAUAUCAGUUAAAAAUGAAAGUUAUACAGCUGUAACUGCACAUUAUAUUGAUAAAGACUGUAUCCUUAAGACAUAUUUACUGUCAUGCUUUAAAUAUUCUGAGUCACAUACAAGAGAAAAUUUAAAAAAUGAGCUUGUACGGGUGGUUACUGAGUGGGGCUUACAAAACAAAAUUGCUGCUUGCACGUCUGGUAAUGCAUCAAACAUAACUGGAGCAAUUGCUUUAUGUAAUUGGAGACACAUAGGGUGUUUUGCACAUUCUUUGAAUUUAGCUUUCCAACAUACUCUCAAAGAAGUGCAAGAGAUCAGGGACAAGGUUAAGGGCAUUGUUGGCCAUUUUAAAAGAAGCUCUCAAGCAGCGGCCAAAUUAAAACUCAGGCAAGAACAACUGGAAUAUUCACCUACUCUGAGUGUGAUACAAGAUGUGGUAACUAGGUGGAAUUCUACUUAUGAGAUGUUUGAACGUAUUUUGCAUUUAAAAACUCCUUUAUUAUCUGCUUUAGCCGAGACUAACUAUGACGUGUAUUUAAAUUCAUCCGAUUGGCAAAUAAUUUCAAAUACAUGUGAUAUCCUUAAGAGGUUUAAGGAAAUUAGUAGCGAAAAAUCGGUUUCAAUAUCUAAAGUUGUUCUGAGUAAAGCGCUAAUUAAUUAUUGUGGUCAGUUGAAAAAUAAAUAUACCGGUUCAUCUGUGACGACUAAAUUUAUUGAUGUAUUGACAAGUCAAGUGGUAAGUGGAUUUGGUCCACAUGAAAGGAAUAUUCUCUACGCAGAAGCUGUAAUUUUGGAUCCUAGGUUUAAAAAUCAUGGAUUUAUCGAGGGAAAAAAGUCAUUGGUCAAUAAAGAGGUCAUGGCUCAACGAAAAAAAAUGUCCAAACCCGAGGCACUCCGUUCAAUCCGGAGACAAAACCCGAUCACAAAUGUCAGUCUGGGGCACUUCCCGAACCCCGACUUGAUUCCCGGCUUGGGCGAGGGUCGCGAAGACUUGACGAGCCAGUCUCGCAGGGACAAUUGUCCUCGGCCCGUGAAAAAGUCUUUGUGA